CAAAUAAAAAAAAAAACAUAUUUAACGGCUGAUAAAUGAGGUCAGUUGAACAGGUUCUAACGACGUUAGUAAAACCGUCUAAAACGACCUCACUCCUUCCCUCUUUCUUUCUGAAACAAUGAGAAAAAGGGAAUAGAAAGAACAAGCAGCCGCUUAGUCUCCUCCCUUUCCUUUCUCUUUCUCUGGAAUCACUCGGGUUUCUAUUUUGAAUACGGCGGCGUUUUUCGGAGCUCAAACAGUUUUCACUUUUUCUUUAGUUUUGAGUGAGUUGCCGUGGAUACUGAGGGUGUUGUUCUGAGCCUACAAACUCUUUCAUUUGGUCUCUCAACUUAGCUAUUAAUUGAUUAAAGCUCAUUUUAAUGCCAAAGAAGGAAUAUAACGCUGGCGGUUUUCCUGCUAGGGUAAUGGUGGUUGAGUUUGUGUUUCGGAUAAUGUGAAUGAUGUUUGUUUGAAUAAACUGGGAGAGAAUUAGUUUGUGGUGUGGUGGAUCAUGGGGGCUGCUUGCUGUGUUGCUGCUAGAGACAAAACUAUAGUAAAUGGUUCAGGUAGUGAGGCUUUACAUAGGAAUAUAAGGUAUUCCCCAACGUGGAGUUUUCGUUGGGAUAAUCGAGGGCGUGUAGCUGGAGAAGACACUUCUAUAAGUUGGUUUUCAGAUGUGAUUAGUCGGAAUGAUGGAUCAGAGAUCAAAUAUGAGUCUGCAUGUGCAUCAGAGGAUGCAAGUCCGUCUGAGAGUUUCCAGUCUCAUAUAUGGAAAAAGUCCCCAAUUUCAGAAGGAACUGCUGGGCACGUGAGAACUCCUGCUUCAGAUCAAUCUAUUUCAAGAAAUGUCUCUAUCAAUGUGAACAUAGAGCAGGUGAAAGAAUCAGCAGAAUCCCCUGCAGCUUCAUACCCAUCUCCCUCAAAGUUAUCACUUUCUUUGCCAUCAGCUUCCUCAUUGGCAACAUCCCCUUUGUCAUCCCAGAGUCAUGCGCAUCCUACCAGUUCAAUGACAACAAGGUGGCCUCUCAGAUCACCUGGACAUCAUCUAUUGCGCCAAGUUUCUGAUAAUCGAAUUAUGGGAUUGAAGUCACCUAAUAGAUACUCAGUCGGUGAGGAAAGGCUAGUGAUGCCUUCAUGGAGCAAUGAAUCAACUGGGGGCUCUCGGGGUGGUUCUUCUGAUGGUUGGUCAAUGCAUGCCUUUUCUGAACUCAUGGCUACAUCUCGUAGGGAAAGGUGGUCUUUUGAUAGUGACUCAUGGGGUUUUCAUCGUGAGAAGAUAAGCAGAUCCAGUGGCCGAAUCUCAUCUUCCCCUUCUGUUGAUCUGCAAACAUGUGGUGUUUGCUCAAAGCUGUUAUCAGAGAAAUCUUUGUGGAGCAGCCAGAAGAUUAUUAUUAACAAUGAGCUUUCGGUUGUUGCUGUUCUAACUUGUGGACAUGUUUACCAUGCUGAAUGUUUGGAGAACAUGACCCCUGAAAUUGACAAGUAUGACCCUGCUUGCCCCAUUUGUACUUUAGGGGAGAAGAAGGCCCAUAAAUUGUCUGAGAAAGCAUUUAAAGCAGAAAUGGAUUUUAAGGCUAAAAUCAACAAAAGAUCAAGGAGCCGGGUUGUUGAUAGUGAUAUUGAUGCUGAUCCUGUUGUAUUUAACCGUCUGAGAAGUAGUGUACAUGAAGGGAAGGCCUCCAGUUCAAGCAUGAAAAGCUCCUUGGGCAAGCCCUUCCUGAGGAAACACUUUUCUUUUGGAUCAAAGGGAAGUAGGUCCCCUUCAGAGAAUCUUCCUACCAGGAAAAAGGGAUUUUUCUGGGUCAAAUCUAGCAAGAUAUGAACUUGUCUGCUGUUAGGAGAUUCUGGUUUUCUUCUCCUCUACAGUCCUAGUUGGAUACAGGGAUUGCACAUAGGGCAGGGCUGUUCAUUCUUGAAGAAUUAUUGACAUCAUUCUGAAGUUUCAACAUGAUGAUCUUGUGGGACUCACACUGUAAAGAAGAAAAAUGGAAAUCAUAGGUGAAAGAAUAGCUCACAAAGUUUAAAGAAUGGAAAUAUAUAAUGUAACACUAGUGAUCUUAUUCUUAUUUUGUACAGAUUGAAUCUGUUUCUUGCUUGGAUUCAUACACGAAGAUUCAUAUGAAAAAUUCUGUAUGGCUUAUUGACUCUGGAUCUUCCCAGAAGGCAAUUAUAUUUCAUUAGGGCUUUGAGUUGUA